UAAUUAGCAGAAUGGAUUGGCAGCUGGCCUAUGGUCCUGUUAAACAAAUCUCAAAGUCAAACAUGAGCUUGGGCUGGCCAUGUCCCAUGUGGACAGCUAAUCUCAGAGUUAAAUUUAAGCUGUGUGGAUGCGAACCACCUCUAGCUGUAUGGAUUCACAUUGGUUGCAGCAUUUCCUCUCUGCCUCUUGGUCUUGUCGCCAACUGUUGCAAAGUUCUAGAAAUUACGUCCUCUAUUUUUCCAGUAAACAUUUUCGCGAUGAAAUAUUAAAAUCAGACCCAGCUAAACUAGCCUCAAUGUCAGUUCGUAAAAUUAAAAUAGUCGUGCCGUUAACACCUAGCUAAACGAAUAUCUGCCUCUUCGCGUUGUCGACAUGGGAUUGGACAUGCGGACAACUAAUCUCCAAGUCAAAAUGCAAGGUGGUUGCGCACCAAUUAAUCAUUGAUGCUUUCUAAUAAUCAAAGAGUACACUAUCUACACUAAUGCAGUUAGUCUUCUGGCAUCUGCAGUUGUGCACAUGGGAUGGGCACUGGAUGUUGUGACCCUCUCUAGGCUUCAGUGCUUGCUUACCCCCGGCAGCACUGCAGUAAAUUACUUGAUUGUUUGUUCAAGCUGAGCUGGCCAUGUAGCUACAUUACUUUAUUAUUAGGUGUCCAGCGCACACGACGGUGUCUCGAGUCUUGUUUUUUUUGUUUUGAAAAGGGGGAUUACCCCGGCCUCUGCAUUAAGUGAUGCGCACAACAACUUGACAGAAGGCAGUGAAGGUAAACUAAUGCACAGAUGGCAGUGAAGGGGGAUUAGCUUUGAAGGCCUCUGCAUUUGACUUUGAAGGCCUCUGCAUUAAGCCUUGAGAUUAGCUUGUAGCUACAUUACUUUAUUAUUAGGUGUCCAGCGCACACGAUGGCAGUGAAGGUAAAAGCCUGAUCUAUUUGCGCAUUACCGUUAGCACAGUGGAUUGGCAUUGUUGCAAAAUUUUGCAAACUGCUAGUAAUUCUACCCAAUAUUUCUUCCACAUUUGCAUUGUGUAAUUUCCGUCUCCACAUUUGUGGCUUGAGCGCGUCCUCCCCACCGAAGAUUAAAAUCAAAUCCAGCUAAUUAAGAUUGAAAUAGUGAGGUCCUGCAGUCCUGUUACACACCAAGUUAAACUAAUCUCAAAGUCAAAUGCAAGCUGGAUGUGUACCAAUGCAGAGCACCUCAAGGAUUAAUUAAGUUGAUCUACAACUAGCCUUUGGACUGUGGAGGAGGCACCCCAUCUCAAAGUCAAAUUUAAGCUGGGAUUGGCCAUGUGCAGAGCGAAUCUCAGAGCCAUGUUUAAGCUGGAUGGAUGCGUGUGGAUGCAAACCACCUCAAGGCUUGAUUAAGUUGGUCGACAACUAAUGGUGGAAGGCAUCCAAUGGCAGCACAGAAAGUGCUGGUAAUUAUAUCCUCUAUCUUUCCACACAAUGUGUAAUUUCCGGCUCCACGUUUCCUGUGACUUCACUUCAGUAUGUCCUCGACCGAAGAUUAAAAUCAUACCCGGCUAAACUAAUCUCAAGGUGAGGUCGUAAAAUUAAGUUAGUCAGGUUCUGCCGUCCUGUUACAGACCCAGUUAAACUAAUCUUUAGUGUUAAAUGUAAGCCGACCGAGUUAAACUAAUCUUUAGAGUUAAAUGCAAGCUGGACGCGUAUGAAUGCAGACCACCUCGAGGCUUAAUUCAGCUGAUCUCCAACUAGCUUUUGGGCCGUGGAAGAGACAACUAAUCUCAAAGUCAAAUUUAUGCUGGAUGGAUGCGUAUGAAUGCAAACCACCUCAAGGCCUGCAUUAUGUUACCAAUUAAUCAUCGUUGUUUUCUAAUCAUCAGAGAUUAUACUAUCUAGACUUAUGCAGUUAGUCCUCUAGCAAUUUGCAUAUGCGAAACGACGGGAUGCGGUGACCCUGUAGCCUGUAGGCUUCAAUGCUUGCUUACCCGGGCAAAACUGCAGCAAAAUAUAGUAAAUUACUGAUUUCUGUCCAACCAGAGCCGGUCAUGUAGCUAAAUCAUUUUGUUAUGACUCCAGCGCACAUAAUGUUGGCUUGAGUCUUGUAACGAAGAAGAAGAAAAUGCCUACUUAGCAAAAGGCUUGUAGCUGGCAUGGACUCCCCUUAUUAGUCCACCUGCCUGUAUCAGCUGCUAGCUAGACUUACAUUGAUUAGCACCAAUACCUCCAUAUCACAUUGAGGAAGAAGGGCAAUGGAGGUGACGGCGGUGAGUGUGGGCAAGGCCGCUCUAGGCGGGGCACUGGGCUAUGCCACGUCCAAGGCGGCGGAGGAAAUCGCCCUACAGCUUGGUGUCGAGCGCGAUGUGAACUUCAUCAAGGACGAGUUGCAGAUGAUGCAGUCGUGCCUGAUGACUGCUGAUGAGGAGCAAAGCAAGAACAAGGUGCUCACGACCUGGGUGAAACAGAUCGGGGUCCUGGCUUACAAAGUUGAGGACAGCCUCAUGGAUUUUGGCCUUCAUUCGGAGAAAAAACCAUUUUGGGGUUGCAUCCCCCGAAACCCAGGUGAUCGACGCCGCACCAUUAAGGAGGUGAAAGAGCUGAGGGCUGAGGUGGAGGACCUGAGCAACAGGAACCUGCGCUAUCGCCUCAUCAAGGAGAGCUCAGGCUCCAAGCCUACUGCAGCAGAGGAGCAGGCCAGCGUUGCCACUGCUGCAAUGUUUGGCAUCAACGAAGCAAGACUUGCCACCUUGGAGCAUGAAAAAUCAUCAGAGGUGGACCUCCAUCAGUUGAUUACCAGCAAGGAUGUUGACCUUAGGGUGAUUGCCAUGUGGGGAACCAGCGGUGAUAUUGGCAAGGCAUCCGCCAUCCAGGAGGUUUAUGAUGACCCAAAGGUAUUGAAAAUGUUCGGAUUCUGUGCUUGGGUUACGUUGAUUCAUCCUUUCAGUCCACAAGAGUUCCUGCGGAGCUUGGUCAGGCAAUUCUAUGAAAGUUCCAAUGAUGAGGUUGGAAAGGCAGAACAAGUAACAAGUGUAGGGGCUAAUGUUCUGGCAAAGAUGGAGAUGAUGAAUCAAAGUGAUUUAGUCAGUGUUUUUAAUAAGGUGUUGUGUAGCAAUAGCUAUCUGAUUGUGAUUGAUGACCUAUCCACAAUAGUGGAAUGGCAUUGCAUUAAGAAGUACUUUCCUGACAACAAGAAACAAAGUAGAAUCGUCGUUUCCACGCAGCAAGCUGAAAUUGCAAGCUUGUGCACAGAUAAACCAUAUCAAGUUUCGGAGUUAAAGAAGUUGUCAUGUGAUCAAACUAUUUAUUUGUUCCACAAGAAGAAUUCAGAACAUCAGAUCAGCAUGGACGGUGUUCGUGUGGCAAUGUAUGACACCAACGAGGAAGCAAGGUUUGCUGUGGUGGAGGAGAAACCGGAGGCUAUGCAUGCAUCAUGUUCUGCCGAGCCCGUUUCCGACUCAAAUAGAGUUACUACUUCCGAGAAAGAUACAUCCUUGCCCAUCAGUGAAAUACAGGAGGAACACCAAGAACCUAAUAAUGUAGGUGAAGAAAAUGUUCAUAACUCAACUGCUAGAAAGAAGUUUGAUCGCAGCAGGACACUGGCACUGACUGAUGAACUGCUCUGUGGGCGAGGAACAGAGAAAUCAUUUGUUAUCAAGUUAGUUGGCCAACCAGAUCUCAAUCAAGGCCGCAAGGUGAUCUCAGUUUGGGGAAUGGGGGGUCUUGGAAAAACCACUCUUGUCCGAAGCAUCUAUCAUAACCAAGAGCUUGGUGGCUGGAAGCGUGCUUGGGCCACUGUAUUGCGUCCUUUUAACCCUGAAGUACUCCUUAGAGAUUUGGCUUUGCAGCUUCAAAGUACUGUUCAAGAAGAUCCUGCUGGAGCAACAGGAAUUGGACUGCAAAAGAAAAGAAUAGCAAUGAUGAAUCUUCAAGAGUUGAAGCAGGAGCUAGCUCGGCUACUAGCGUUAAAGAAGUGCCUUAUUGUUCUUGAUGAUAUAUCAUUCACUGUUGAAUGGGAGUUGGUCAAACAGUGUUUAGGUAAUGCUGAACGGAUCAUAAUCACCACAAGAGAAAAAAAUAUCGCCAAACAUUGUUCAAGGGAAGACGAGAACAUGUACUGUCUUCAAGUUCUGAAGUAUGAUGUGGCAUUUGACCUGUUCAUAAAGAAGGUAUUCAAACACAAUACUGUAAAAAUUGAUUUAGCCCCAGCUAUGAUGGAGCAAGCAAGAUUUACCCUGCAGAAAUGUGGUGGACUUCCCCUUGCAAUAACGACCAUCGGUGGAUUCCUAGCCACUAGGCCAAAAACUGCUAUUGAAUGGAGAAAGAUGAAUGACUGUAUCAGCACUGAGCUGGAGAUAAAUCCUGAACUUAUGACAAUAAAGUCAAUUCUUAUGAGGAGCUACGAUGGCUUACCAUACCAUCUCAAGUCUGCAUUUUUGUACCUGUCCAUAUUUCCAGAAGACCACAAAAUUAGGUGGGGUCGCUUGAUGAGGCGGUGGAUUGCAGAGGGUUACUCAAAGGAUUUACAUGAUAUCACUGCAGUUGAACUUUGUCAGAGGUACUUUGAUGAGCUCUUGGAUAGGAGUAUGAUCCUGCCGGGGGAAGGGAUAGACCAAUACAAACAGAAAAUCAGUUCUUGCCAACUUCAUGAUAUGAUCCGGGAAAUAUGCAUCGCAAAGGCUAGGGAGGAAAACCUUGUUUUGUCACUGGAGGGAGGAUGUUGUUUGAGCGAAACACAAGGUGCAAUACGUCAUCUUGUCAUAGGAAGCAACUGGAAAAGGGAUAAACAUGUGUUGGAGAGCAUGCUAGACCUGUCACAUGUACGUUCAUUGACUGUGUUUGGAGAGUGGAGAUCGUUUUUCAUCUCCGAUAAUAUGAGGUUCCUCCGAGUGCUUGACUUAGAAGACACAGUGGGGUUAAGAGAUCAUCAUCUUGAUGAAAUUGGGCAGCUCUGUCACCUCAAGUACCUUUCUCUUCGAGGAUGUUGCAACAUAUUAUGCCUGCCUAAUUCUUUCCGGAAUUUGAGGCACCUCGAAACACUGGAUCUUAGAGGUACACAUAUAUCUGAGUUGCCAAGAAUAAUCACCAAUCUUUGGAAGCUACAACACCUUCAUGCAGAUGGUUAUUUUGACCGUUUGGUUGUUAUGGGAGAGGAUGACAUAGUUGAUAAGUAUGAAGGUUACAUUAAUCGUAUAUCCUCAUGUCAAACAUGCAGUGUUUUAUUGUCCAAAGGUCAUAUUUUCUCAAGACCACAAGUUUUAGAUGCUGGUUUGAACAGAUAUGAUAUAUUCAAUCUAUACCGCUUCCAGGAGAUGAAACUAGAUGGUAUUACACUUCCUAGAGGGAUUGGUAAAUUGAAGGCUCUCCAUGCACUAGGUGUUGUCGAUGUUUCAGGGAGAAACAGAAAUGCCACUCUGAAAGAGCUCGGAAUGCUUACUCAGCUACGUAAGCUUAAAGUAGGUGGUGCGAGCUACAGAAACGUCAGUGAGUUAUGGUCUGCCAUUGCUGGUCAUGAUCAACUACAGUCUUUGUCAGUUGAAACACGUUUCCCGCAUAAACAGAGGAAUGAGGUAGAUGGCUGUUUGGGUGAAGGUUUGUUGCCACCAAGCAGCCUCAAGAGCCUCAAGCUGGUUGGCAAGCUAGUCAAUGUAACAGAAUGGAUCCAUAAGCUUCAGAAUCUGACCAAGUUGGUGCUGAGUUAUAGCAUGUUGGAGCAAGAUGAUGCCAUACAAGCCCUCGGGGUGCUACCAAAUAUAGCGGUUCUAUGCCUAAGGAUUUGUUCGUUCAAUGGGACAGAACUCCAUUUCCAGAGAUCCUCUUUCCCGAGCCUCAUGGUGCUGGUGCUCCGGAACUUAGAGAACCUCCAGUCGGUUAUGUUCGAAGAAGACGCGGUGCCUAAGCUCGAGCUGCUUCAAGUUGAUUGCGGCUCAUCAUUGAAGGACAUCUCUGGGCUGGCAGCCCUCAAAAGCCUUAAGGAAAUUCGGUUGGAUGCCCGUAAAAGUGUGGAGGAGGUGGUGCAAGGGCAGGUAGCGGAGCAUAUGAAUCAUGUCAGAGUGAAUAUUGUUCGCUAAACUUUAUUUAUAUAUAUGCGUAUAUAGAUUCCAUCGGAGACCAAAGAUUGGUGUGUGUACUUGCUCUUGUAAUUGCUCAUGCUGCAGAUGUUUACUUGGUCGGUUUGAAUUUCAAGUCGGGUCAUUAACCACCUGCCGUUGAAACUGAAUAUUUGACUGAACCUUCGAAUUGAAUGCAGCUCUCAAGUUUAGGUAAUUCUUUAUGAUGCUGGAUUGGCUGUUGCAUUGCUAACUAAAGCCAAGAAAGGGUAGAAUGAUAGAGUCCAUUUAUUCAGAAUCGAGAUGGUGCAUAGGGGCUGCGAAGCACUGAAGGACAUUCACACUGCCAACCAUUCCUUCAACCAUGAAUAGGGCAGGGCAAGCUUUUUCUUGUUGCACAUCUCCAUUCAUGAUAGUGAUCUGAUUAGUGGCUGAGUGGUAUUUACUUACACACCUAGAAGCUAAAACUAGGAGGAGGACAAUCAAUUCACAACACCACAACUACAACGACAGGAAAUCAACGACAGGCGUCGUAUCAGCCGCUUGGCUCUUCUUCUAUGGUAUUGAUACAUCUCUCCAUGGUUUAUCCUUGAAAAAAAAAGAACUAGGAGGAGGAGAGCAUACAUGUCAAGGAUGGUUCGUCCAUCUCCAACAGGACGGGUGGACGAACGGUUCAGAAUUCUUCAGAUUUGGAAGAGGACACUGAACAUGUCGAGUCAGGCUUCAGUUCAUAGCCUUCUUUGCUUCCCAAGGUGCGUAGUUGUUACUGUAUCGUUAUUCUACUAUACAGAACAUGUUGAGACGUCUUUCCUUUCUUUUUGUCUAUUUUUCUUCGAGUGAACGGGCGUCGCAGAGCUAAUAAUUGAUUUAUUAUUUUUGUUAAUAAAACACAAACUGGACUAUUCAUGUCUCUCGGCUAAAUACCGGAAGCAAUCCUUUUCUUUUUGGAGUAGUGCAUGGAGUGCAAUGCAACCGUCGGAACUCGGAAGCCAAAACAAGAAGUUGCUCUGCUCAUAUGGAUAAUACAGAGCCGAGCAGUUCCUCUGCUGUCCUCCUGUACAUUCAUUGAAAUUACAAGGUACUGAAAGGUGCCCUGUAGUUCCUUUUUUGUAGUAGAGCAUGGGAUAUUAAUUAGUCUGCUAGCUGAAGCCAAGAAAAGAAGGACUUGCUCUGCUCAUACGGAUAGCACAUGAACUGAAAAUCCAUGUCCUGACAAAGCAGUAUCAGCAGCACAACCCCUGAGAGAAUACCAAGUACUCCUUAACAGUAUCAGCAGCACAACCCCUGAGAGAAUACCGAGUAUUUAACAAAAAGCUACUCCCACCGUCCCAUAAUAUAAGAACGUUUUUGACACUAGUGUAGUGUUAAAAACUUUCUUAUAUUAUGGGACAGAGGGAGUACCACAUUUGUGGUCGUCAUCCCACUGAACUACCAUUUUCAAAACGUCAAUAAAAAACUACCGAUUUCAGCUAAUCUCAUUGCAAAACACUACCACUUUCAGUUGAUGACUGUUUCAGACAAUUUAAACACGUUUAUAACAAGGGGGACCUACUUGUCAGGGCUGACGUGGCAGGAAAGCCAAAGCCGUUUAUCUUGACCGUUGUCACAGGUGGGGCCCACACAUCAGCAUCAACCUUCUUCUUCCUCCUCCUCUGUCUCUCUCUAGUAUUUCAACAAGCACCUUGUGGUCGGCAGCUCUCUCACAGCCAUGCCAUUGUAAGAACCAGGCAGGUCGUAAGGAAUAUUAGUUCACAUGAAGUAGGAGUUUAGUAUGGAUGUGCGCCGUGCCGAUAUAGGUAGGAUUAGAACCUGGAGGGAUACCUCACGCUCUAACAGUAUCUGUGGCUCUGUGCGGUAAUCAGGUCCUUGCAUCAUUACUCUACCAACAGGAGUUUUAAGGAUUUGAAAGAUGUUCAGUAAUAUUGUCUUCCGGAAACAGGCCAAAUAGCAUAUACCUUGUCAGCUGAUGUAUUAGUCCAGCAUGCCUUCUAGUACUGGCAAUCUUUUUAUUUAUUGAAGUAUUGGCAACUUUUAUGGUGUAGUGGUAUUUCAUUCUCUUUUAUUUUUGGCAUGGACUACAUGUUGCAAUUUUGUUUUGACUUUUCUCUGUCAUUAGUCAGAGGUGGAACUGUCAUAUCUGAAACAUGGGAGGAUGGAGGCUAUAAUAAAGGAAUUUAAUUUGCAUCUUGGUAGUUUUUGCAGCUCCAUAGAUCUGUAUAUUUCAAUUUACACACCAUUCACUACAUAUAGUGUUCUAUUUUAAAAGCCGGUCAUAUGUUGUUCCAAGAUCACCAGAUUGCAGAGUAUGACCAAACAAAGUAAAGCAACAAAGGUCUGAACCUUCAAAACCUGCUAGCCAAGAAAAUUCUAUCACACUGAAGUAGAGCAAGCAGCAGACAUAUCAUCAUCCUCACAGACCUGUUCCUUUCAUUUUCUUAAGAAGAUAAAGAUCAUCAUACACAUGCUGAACUACAGAACAGUUCCACAACUAAUAACUGAAUAUCUUGAAUGUCAUGAGUUUUCUGAUGCAGAGGCCGGGGAAUCCCCCCUUUUCGAAAAAAAAAAUCUUGAAUGUCAUGAGUGCAUCUAUCUAUGUAGUGGAGUACAUCCUCUUACUUCCCUUGCAAAUUUCAUGUAAAGGAGGAAGACGAUGGACUAGGUACACAUGUAUGACAGGCGAAGAACUGUCAGCAGCACAGCUCAGAGAAAAAGCAGAGGUUUGACUUUGACACAUCGCCAACAACCUGGACAUGUUAACCCCUAAGAAUAAAGAUGCACGUAUCAUAUAUGUAUGUAUGUUCUCCAUGCUGAAUUUAAUUGCACAGCUGUUUCUUUCUUUGGUGGUAACUCCCGGACUUACAAUUCUGUGACUUUUCAUUUCGCUGUUCCUUCGAGCAAUAGGCAUUUAAAAAAAAACUUUUGGAACUCACUGAAUUUAGCACGGCAUCGUAUCAAAUGCAGUUCUCAAGUUCAGUUAGUACUAUUGCUCAAUGCUUUCCGUUGCGGGAUCAUUGGACAUUGCACCUGGAAAUGGAAGCUGGGUUGGCUCUUGUGCUCUGCUAACUGAAGCCAAAAGGAUUCAGACAUAGGUGCGGUGCAGUCCCUGUGAAGCACUCAAGUGGCGACUCCCAG